AUGAAGUCCUACCUGAAGGAAACAUCUUAUACCUUCUUCCCUGAUGUCAACGCCAGCCUCUCGGAAUACGUGUUCGACCCUCAGUUCAUUCCCUUUCUAGCCGGAGACGAGCUUAACACCUUUUGGUACCCUUAUUCUGUUCCCUCAUCCCAGCCACCAAUGCCUUUGGUGAGCACCAUUUGCCCACUCACUUACCCAACCAACCACAACACCGGCUAUAACGCCCUCAACAGCCGGUCGGAAUCCCCUCCCUCAGCCUUCUUCCCGGCUUCGAAUGAACUGUUCUCCCCCGCCUCGAGUGAGCUGUUCUACUUUGCUCGGUCCCCCAGCAGCAGCAGUAGUAGUAACGGCAGCACCAUCACCACCACCACCGCCUCGCCGCCAUCUCCUCUUACCAAAGACAUGAAGGAAACCGAGGCCUGGGGCCCCGUGGACCUGCACUAG